GUGUAGCCCCGCCCCCCGGGCCGUGCCGGGACAAGAUGGCGGAGCGGCUGCCGGCCGAGUGUCACGUGGACGCGCUGCUGCGGACCGACCCCUACCUGGAGCAGUACACGGGGGAGCUGCAGAGGAGGUACAAUAAUUUAAAGAGUUUGGUCAAACAUAUCGAUGCAAAUGAAGGAAAUCUUGACAAGUUUUCUCGUGGCUACGAAUCGUUUGGUAUCCACCAGCAGGCAAAUGGUGGCAUUUACUGCAAGGAGUGGGCACCAGGAGCAAAGGCCUUGUCUCUGGUUGGAGAAUUCAAUGAAUGGAACGUUUUCACACACCAGUACCAAAGGCUGGCCUACGGGAAGUGGGAGUUGUAUAUCGCCCCAGAGGCAGACGGCUCGUCUCCUGUUUCUCAUGAAUCCAAGCUGAAGGUGGCGAUUGAGGACCAGAGUGGGCAUCGUCUGUAUCGCAUCUCUCCCUGGGCCCACUACGUGACCCGUGAUGAAACAAAUCCAACCUAUGACUGGGUGCACUGGGACCCACCCGAGCGAUACGUGCGCAAGUAUCCACACCCACCCAGACCGCAGAGUGUGAGAAUCUACGAGGCUCACAUCGGCAUCGCCUCUCCUGAAGGGAAAGUAGCUACGUACAAGAACUUCACCGACAACAUGCUGGGCAGGAUCAAGGACCUGGGCUACAACUGCAUCCAGCUGAUGGCCAUCAUGGAGCAUGCUUACUACGCCAGCUUUGGCUACCAGGUCACCAGCUUCUUCGCCGCCGCCAGCCGGUUUGGGACCCCGGAUGAGCUGCGUGAGCUGGUGGACACGGCCCACUCACUGGGGCUGGUGGUUCUACUGGACGUGGUCCACAGUCACGCCUCCCAGACACGGCCGACGCGCCUCAACCACUUCGACGACGGCACCGACUCGUGCUUCCACGCCCCCCCCCCCCCCGAGCGGCUAUCAACCUCCUGGGGUGCCACCCUGUGGGACAGCCGGCUCUGUCAACAAAACUACUCCAGCUGGGAGGUGCUGCGGUUCCUGUUGUCCAACCUGCGCUGGUGGGUGGAGGAAUAUUACUUUGAUGGGUUUCGCUUUGACGGAGUGACCUCCAUGUUGUACCAUCACCACGGCAUCGGCACUGGCUUCUCCGGCGACUACAACGAAUAUUUUGGGCUUCACGUUGAUGAGGAAUCGUUGGCCUAUCUCUGCCUCUCCAAUUACAUGCUCCACAGCUUCUACCCAGACUUCAUCAGCAUCGCAGAGGACGUGUCGGGGAUGCCAACACUGUGCCGACCCGUGAAGGAGGGGGGCAUCGGGUUCGAUUACCGAUUGGCCAUGGCCAUUCCCGACAAGUGGAUACAGAUGCUGAAGGAGCUGAAGGAUGAGGACUGGAACAUGGGCAACAUAGUCCACACGCUGACCAACCGGCGUUACAACGAGAACGCCAUCGCCUACGCCGAGAGUCAUGACCAGGCUCUGGUUGGGGACAAGUCGCUGGCCUUCUGGCUGAUGGACGCGGAGAUGUACACCAACAUGAGCGCCCUCUCCCCCCUCACACCCGUCAUUGACCGCGGACUCCAGCUCCACAAGAUGAUUCGCCUCAUCACCCACAGUCUGGGGGGAGAGGGCUACCUCAACUUCAUUGGCAAUGAGUUUGGACACCCGGAAUGGCUGGACUUCCCGCGGGUGGGGAACAACGAGAGUUACCACUACGCCAGGCGUCAGUUUGACCUGUUGGACAAUAAGCUGCUUCGAUACAAUCUCCUCAACACCUUCGACAAAGAUAUGAACAACUUGGAAGAGACAUACGGCUGGCUGGCAGCUCCUCCGGCGUACGUGAGUGAGAAACAUGAAGACAACAAGGUGAUCGCCUUCGAGCGGGCCGGAGUUCUCUUUGUCUUCAACUUCCACCAUGAGAAGAGUUUCCCCGAUUACCGGGUUGGCGUGGACCUUCCCGGGAAGUAUCCUUCACCGAGGAUCGUGCUGGACAGUGACGAGGGGAAGUACGGUGGCCACGGCCGGCUAGACCACAGCACCGAAUUCUUCACCGAAUCCCAGGAGCAGAACAACCGCAACAACUCACUGCUGGUCUACAUUCCGAGCCGGACCGCCAUCGUCCUGGCCCGCGAUGACCCGAGGUCGUGACCCCGGGGCCGGAGCUGGGAUCCCCCGAGUUAUCGCAUUAAAUGUUAGGGUUCACUCGGGGUCACGGCCCCCCCUCACUGACGGGGGCCCGAGGGGAGCUCCCCUCCCCCGGGGCCGCACCCGCUGCAUUUGUGGAGCCGCCGGCAGCAUCCCCGGACCCCGCUGGACGGUCGCGGAUUAAACGUUUGCCUCAAA